GCCCCCUGCCGAGCGCGGGCGGGGGUCGCUCCAAGAUGGCGGGCGUGCCGGUGGUGCGCAUCAGCAUCGAGUCGGCGUGCGAGAAGCAGGUGCAGGAGGUGGGGCUGGAUGGCAGCGAGACCUACCUCCAGCCGCUCUCCAUGUCCCAGAACCUGGCGCGCCUGGCGCAGCGCAUCGACUUCAGCCAGGGCUCCGGCUCCGAGGAGGACGAGCCGGGCUCGGCGGGCCGGCCCUGGGCCGAGCCGGGCGAGGCGGAGGAUGAGGAAGGGUUGGUAAAGUUCCAGCCGUCCCUCUGGCCUUGGGAUUCAGUGAGAAAUAACUUAAGAAGUGCCUUGACCGAGAUGUGUGUGUUGUAUGACGUUCUUAGCAUUGUGAAGGAUAAAAAGUUCAUGACUCUAGAUCCAGUCGGGCAGGAUCCCCUUCCUCCAAAACAAAAUCCUCAGUUUCUACAGCUGAUUUCAAAAAAGAAGUCAUUAGCUGGAGCAGCUCAGAUUCUGUUGAAAGGUGCAGAAAGAUUAUCCAAAUCAGUUGCUGAAAAUCAAGAAAAUAAGCGACAGAGAGACUUCAAUUCUGAACUGUUACGACUGAGACAACACUGGAAGCUGAGAAAAGUGGGAGAUAAAAUUCUUGGUGAUCUGAGCUACAGAAGUGCAGGGUCCCUUUUUCUUCAUCAUGGCACAUUUGAGGUGAUAAAGAACACUGACAUUGACCUGGAUAAAAAGAUACCUGAAGAUUACUGUCCUUUGGAUGUUCAAAUUCCAAGUGAUUUAGAGGGAUCAGCAUACAUCAAGGUUUCUAUUCAAAAACAAGCACCAGACAUUGGUGACCUCGGGACAGUCAAUCUCUUUAAAAGACCUUUGCCAAAAUCAAAACCAGGUUCUGCACACUGGCAGACAAAGUUGGAGACUGCACAGAACGUUCUUCUAUGUAAAGAAAUUUUUGCCCAGCUCUCACGAGAAGCUGUUCAAAUUAAAUCACAGAUUCCUCACAUCGUAGUGAAAAAUCAGAUAAUCUCCCAGCCUUUCCCAGGUUUGCAGUUGUCUAUUUCUCUGUGUCACUCUUCCAAUGAUAAAAAAUCACAAAAAGCUGCUUCUGAAAAACAGAAUCCAGAGGAUCAUCUCUAUGUUCUGGAACAUAAUUUGCAUCAACUUAUCAGAGAGUGUCAUAAGCAAACCCUGAGCUCAACAGUGAUGCCACAUCCAGCUAGUGCACCUUUUGGCCAUAAGAGAAUGAGACUUGCAGGGCCCCAGGCUUUCGAUAAAAAUGAAAUCAGUUCUUUACAGUCAAAUGAAGGACUUCUGGAAAAGAUCAUUAAACAGGCAAAGCAUAUAUUUUUGAGACGAAGAACUGCUCGAACCAUAGACAGUCUGGCGAGUCGUAUUGAGGAUCCUCAGAUUCAGGCUCACUGGUCCAAUAUCAAUGAUGUUUAUGAAUCCAGUGUUAAAGUUCUAAUAACUUCUCAAGGAUAUGAGCAGAUAUGCAAAUCCAUUCAACUACAGCUGAACAUUGGUGUUGAACAAAUAAGAGUUGUGCAUAGAGAUGGAAGAGUUAUUACAUUGUCCCAUCAAGAGCAAGAACUGCAGGAUUUCCUUUUAUCUCAGAUGUCACAGCACCAAGUACAUGCAGUUCAGCAGCUUGCAAAAGUUAUGGGAUGGCACGUUCUGAGUUUCAGUAAUCACGUUGGUCUGGGGCUGGUGGAGAGCAUUGGCAAUGCGUCAGCAAUAACUGUAGCAUCACCAAAUGGAGACUAUGCCAUUUCAGUCCGUAACGGUCCAGAAAGCGGCAGCAAAGUCAUGGUUCAGUUUCCACGGAGCCAGUGCAAAGAUCUCCCCAAGGGAGAUGUCCUGCAGGACAGCAAAUGGAAUCAUCUCCGGGGGCCAUUCAAGGAAGUUCAGUGGAAUAAAAUGGAGGGGCGUAACUUUGUGUAUAAAAUGGAACUUCUCAUGGCUGCCCUAACUCCUUGCUAGUGAAGCAUCAGCCCCUCUCUGAGGGCUUUGAAGUGUCUUUGUGCAAUGAUAAAUGCCAGUGCAGCAAGGGGAAAUGGGAGCUAUGGGCCAAUAUAAGAAAGCGAAAUCAAAUUUAUUUCCUGUACAGAAAAAGCCAUUUUGGUAUUUAUAAUAAAACCUUUUUCAGUGACAUAUAAUAUACAUCUAAUUUUUUGUAAAAGUUCCUUUCAGCUGUAUCUUUGAAAUUUGCUCUGUCCACGGAGUGAUAGAUGAGUAAUUAAUGUAUUUUUUGUUUGUAAAAUUAAAUUUGGUAGUCCUUGAGUUGAAGCAUUCUUGAGUUGGAAUUUUUGUACAUUGAUGGGGAUUCUGGGUGACCCCUUUGUUUUUGAAAAAUAUGUUUACUUGGCAGUUUAACUUCAGAGUGUUAUGAAGUCACUGCCUAUGGCAGAAGUCUUUCCUCUCUGAUGGCCUGUGUCAUGUCGGCUACUUUGCCUGUUUUUUGACCUUGUUUUUUACAAGAAUAUAGAAGAAAGGGUCUUAUUUGGCUUGCAAAGUUCUGACAAUUUGAGUUUGUGGGUGAUUUGUGACUGGAUAGAAGGAGGUAACUCUCAUGCUGUAGACCUCCACCCUUGAGUAUCUGGGUCUCUCUCCUGCAUUCUCCAUGAUUAUCAUUCAGAGAAAUAAUAGUAUCUUCCCAAAUAUCACCUCCUUAGAGAUCUUUCAAAAUAAAAAAGUCACUUUUUUUAUAGUUUUGGUUGUAAUUCUUGAAAUUUACAGUAUGGUGUUCAACAAAGCUUUCAUUUUGUUUGGUACUUAAGUACUAAGUGUCAUUUUGCAACCUGUUUAUGUAAACUGGUUCGUAUUCAUGUCCAUGUUGUCUCAUGAGAUAUCUGUCUAUAUGUAUAUAUAUGAACUUCUUGCACAUAAACAUGGUCAAAUUGAGCAUCACA